AUGGAGCCGCGAUGGUCAGAGACGCUCGGCACGGCGUCAAAGUUGCCGGUGACGGGAGGAAGGUUGCGCGCAAGUAUCUUCGGUGGAGUCUCGAUGGGCAGAGCCGCUGUGUGCGGCGUCGCAGUGUCCGCAGAAGAGAUGGAGGAGGGUCGCGCGAGAGUUUCGCCGCUUCCAUCACGAGAUGCUUACAAAUUUGAUAAUGUUGAAGAUGUUGUAGCUUUAUUUAAUUGCAUGGUUGAUAUGCAUCCACAGCCAUUGAUUGUGGAAUUAACCAAAAUCUUGGGAACGGUUGUAAAGAUGAAGUAUUAUGCCACGGCUAUUUAUCUUUAUACCCAGAUGGAGUCAAAGGGCAUCCUACCAUUUUCUGUUACUUUGAACGUCUUGAUCAAUUGUUAUGGCCAUGCAGGUCAGAUGGGUUUUGCACUCUCGGUAAUGAGCAAGUUUGUUAAGUGGGGUUUUAAGCCAAGUGUUGUAACUUUUACUACAAUAAUGAAGGGGUUGUGUCUUAAUGGUAAGAUUUUGGAUGCACUCGACAUUUAUGAUAAAAUAGUUGCAAAAGGAUUUUGGUUUGAUGAAGUUAUCUACGGAACCUUAAUCAAUGGGCUGUAUGGACUUUUGGAUGAUGCACUGGAUUUGUAUUUUAAUAUGCUUGAUCGAGGAAUUUCUCCUGAUGUUGUCACUUACACUUCAUUAAUAUAUGGUUUUUGUCAUGUGGGACAAUGGAAAGAAGCUAGAUUAUUGCUGAAUGAGAUUGUUGUUAAAGACAUCGGCCUAGAUGUGUAUACCUUUAACAUAAUAAUUGAUGCAUUAUGCAAAGAAAAGAUGCUAUUGCAAGCCCACAUUUUGUGCGAUGUGAUGAUUCUAAGGGUUGAUGAGGCAAAAAACUUAUUUUAUAUGGUGAUUGAAAGGGGUGUUGUGCCUGAUGUUUGGAGUUAUAACAUCUUGAUUAAAGGUUAUUGCAAGAUUAACAAAGUGGAUGAGGCCAAGAAUUUGAUGAAAGAUAUGUUUCGUAAGAACAUAGUUCCAAACAUUGUAACUUACAAUUCUCUAGUUGAUGGCUUGUGCAAAGCUGGUAGAAUCUCGUCUGUACGGGAGAUUGUUAAUAAAAUGCAUUAUUGCGGUCAACCAUUUUCUGAUGUAAACACUUAUAAUAUCUUGAUGAUGCAAUUCCAUUAUUUAAAAGUCUCAUCUUUGAAAGAAGUUUGUUCCAAAUGUUUAGAGUUACAAUAUCUUGAUUAG